UGCUGCCUAUGACAGAGAGCUGCAAGCUUUUCAGGACAUUGGAGAUGCCGGGGAAGUUUGGUUUGGAGAGGAAAGCAUGACUCGCAUCAUCAGAUGGCUGGAAAAGCAAAAGGUCCCCCUUGACAGCCCUGUGCUUGACAUUGGAACUGGAAAUGGUGUUUUACUGAUUGAAUUGGCAAAGUCUGGCUACAUGAAUCUCACAGGGAUUGACUACUCUCCUUCUGCAAUACAGCUGUCAGAAAAAGUAAGAGAGAAAGAAGGGAUGUCCAACAUUAAAUUAAAGGUAGAAGACUUCCUGGCUCCAUCAGCUGAGCUGUCAGGAUUUGAGAUUUGUAUUGACAAGGGGACUUUUGAUGCCAUAAGCCUCAAUCCUGAUAAUGCAGCAGCCAAGAGGAAGCAGUACGUGAGAUCCCUGUGCAGUGUGUUGAAACCAGAGGGCUUUUUCCUCAUCACAUCUUGCAACUGGACCAAGGAGGAGCUGUUGAACGAGUUCAGAGAAGGAUUUGAGGUUCUGGAGGAGCUGCCAACACCCAAGUUUUGCUUUGGAGGAAGAAUUGGGAACAGUGUAACAGCAUUGGUUUUCCAAAGGAAAAAAAGUGAGGCCAUCCAUCUUGGACAAAUUAGAUGAGAUGAGAAAAGCCUGAACUUCAAACCUGACAGAAAACCUCAGACGUAUGUGUAAAUAAAUGCUCUUUGAGUACACAGUAAAAUACUAUGUAUGGAGCUCUGAAGGGCUGUAAAACGUCACC